UGAGCCAUGGGGUAAAUUUUACAAAUAAAUACUAUCAUAUAUACCAAAAUAAUCAUGAUGUUACAGGAUACGAAUUUAUAAGGUUACAAGUCUUCUAAAUUUUUGUACAGUUACAAAAACAAUACAUUACUACAUUAGUCAAGGUAAACACAGAUGGCCAAUGAAUAAAAAAACAAACAUGACUUAGUAAUAUAUUUUUUUAAGUAUUUAGAAAAACAAAAGUAUAGAAAAUGUAGAACAGUUUUAGAAUUCAUCAACCGAGUACAUAUCAGAAAAUUUCAAACUCUUUUCGAUUGACAUUCCCAUAAUGUCUCUCACUCCUCUCAUCCUCUUUCUCCUCUUUCUCUCUCCAUCCACAAGCAGCAUCAUCUCGAAGCCCAAUUGCGAGAGCAAAUGCGGCAACAUAACAGUUCCAUAUCCCUUCGGCAUCGGGCUGAACUCAGGCUGCUCAAUAAGCUCCUGGUUUGAUGUGAACUGCAAUUCCUCCUUCGAUCCUCCAAAAGCAUUCAUCUCCGGCAGCAACAUAGAGAUAGUCGACAUGUCCAACAACGAGCUACGAGUCAAGAACUGGGUCGCUGCAGCUUGCUUCGACAGAUUCGGCAACAAAAUAAACCCCCUACAGCUGGUCUGGAUCAAUCUCGGGCCGUCUCCAUUCACGUUCUCGGACAAGAACAAGUUCACCGUGAUCGGCUGCCACGAGAUGGCGCUGAUCACGGGGUCGAUGGGCCGCAAUUACACCGGCGGAUGCAUCUCAAUCUGCUCCAGCAGCCAGGAUUUGAUCGAUGGAGAUUGCUCUGGCGUUGGAUGCUGCCAAACAGUCAUUCCAAAGGGAUUGAAGAAUUUCAAUGCGUCUCUUGUCCCACUUAGCAAUCACACGGCGAUUUGGUCGUUUGAUCCUUGCGCCUACGCGUUUCUCGGGGAUUCGAGCAGCUACAGAUUCAGCAUUUCUGACCUCAACGACCCGGCUUUCCGAAACAGGACUAUAGAGAAUGUGCCUGUGGUUCUUGAUUGGGCUGUUGGUGAAGAGAAUUGCAAAGGAGCUCGAGACUCGACUGAUUUCGCUUGUCUUGAUAAUACAGACUGUAUUGAUUCUGAUGACAUUGCAGGAUACCGAUGUCUGUGUCAAAAAGGUUAUGAGGGGAAUCCAUAUCUUAGUCCAGGCUGCACAGAUAUUGAUGAAUGUGGAAGUAAUCCUUGCCAUGAACAUGGGAUUUGCAAAAAUUUGCAAGGCACUUUCAACUGUUCUUGCAAGAAGGGAUACUCAGGCGAUGGGUCGAAGAACGGGCGUGGUUGCAUAAAGAAGUCUGUGUUUCCUGUUGCCAAGUUUUCUUUAGGUAUUAGCUUUGGCUUGUUGACCUUGGCUAUUGGUAUGAUUGUGUUAAUCUUUGGUGUGAAGAAAAGGAAGCUUUUGAAACUAAGAGAGAAAUUCUUUGUGCAAAAUGGUGGUCUGCUUCUGACUCAACAGCUUUCCUCAAAUGAGAGUAGUAUGAAAUCAACAAAGAUCUUCACAGCUGAAGAACUAGAGAAGGCCACCAACAACUAUGCAGAGGAUCGCAUACUAGGAAAGGGCGGUUAUGGCACCGUCUACAAAGGGAUCCUCCACGACCAUCAAGUUGUUGCAGUUAAAAAGUCCAAGGUAAUGGAUCAAACUCAGAUAGAGCAGUUCAUCAAUGAGGUGAUCAUCUUGACACAAAUCAACCACCGCAAUGUGGUCAAACUGUUGGGAUGCUGUCUGGAAGCAGAAGUCCCUCUUCUGGUGUAUGAAUUUGUUUCAAACAAUACACUCUUCCACCACAUCCAUAACAGUGGAGGAAUGCCUUGGUUUUCAUGGGACAGUCGUCUGAGAAUCGCGGCUGAGGCUGCCGGUGCAUUGUCCUAUCUUCACUCUUCAGCAGGAAUGCCUAUUAUCCACAGAGAUGUCAAAUCUCCCAACAUAUUGCUGGAUGAAUACUACACAGCUAAGAUUGCUGAUUUUGGAGCAUCAAGAUUGGUUCCCAUUAAUCAAACAAUGGUUUCCACUCUAGUCCAAGGAACCUUAGGUUACUUGGACCCGGAGUACUUCCACACGGGCCAGUUAACAGAGAAGAGCGACGUCUACAGCUUUGGGGUUGUCCUGGCCGAGCUCAUGACAACCCGGAAGCCCCUUUCCACCACGAAGAACGACCAAGAAAAGAGCCUCGCUACUUUCUUCGUCGUGGCAAUGAAAGAAGAUCGUCUGUUCCAAAUACUGGAUCCUCGAGUGCUCAAGGAAGGAAGUAUGAAGCAAAUACAGGAUGUUGCUAAGCUGGUGAAGAGAUGUGUGAAGAUGAACAGUGAGAAUAGGCCGACAAUGAAGGAAGUAGCAAUGGAACUCGAAGGUUUGAGGAAGCUCAGCAAACAUCCUUGGACUGAACAACAGCUUGAAGAGGAAGGUGUCCCGUUGAUAAGUGAGCAAUCCGAUCUGUAUGCAGUGCCGAUGAGUUCGGAUUUUAGUACAAAUGAGUACUCUGCACACCAUAGUUUGGACAGCCGUAUGAUUCUUCCUAUCAACACCCCACGUUGAGCUCUGCUCCUAAAAUGCUUUACAACUCCCACAUUUAUGUGUUUGUGUUUGAAUUGAUUGUGAAUAAUCAUCCACUGAUUAUUGAUUUGCUACUUCAAUAUUCCUACUUUCUUCUGAAAAA